UCACGUUUUGGAACUUGCCACCGGUGUGUCCGUGUUGCUGUGAUUGUGUCUCGGUUUACGGCGGAUGGAUCUGAGUAAAGUUCCUCUCUGAUCCCCCACAACAACCCUAUAUUUAUAAUAAUCAAAAUGGAGGGCGAUGACAAAUGUGAUCCGGACAGGCCCGCUCAUCCGGGGACUUUCCUAGCCGGCGAGGCCAGGCAGAGUGACAGCCAGCCCGGUGAACGCCGCAUAGACUUCCCGGUGUCUGUGGUUCUUCCUGCCGGCGGCACCGGAGAGCGAACCGGACUCAAGACACCGAAGCAGUUCUGCUCGUUCCUGGGCAGACCGCUCAUCAGCUACACAAUCCAAUCAUUCGAAAGGGUGUCAUGGAUCCAGAGCAUCGUAGUGGUUGUUGCCAAAGAAAACAUGGACCUGAUGACAGACAUCAUGCAGCGCUUCCAGCACAGGAAGGUUCGAGCGGUACCAGGUGGUUCGACUCGACACCGGUCCAUCUACAACGGGGUUCUGGCUCUGGGUGAACAGAAGGAGGAGGAGGAGGGGUCAGUGUCAGUAGACAGGCCGAAGGUGGUCAUCAUCCACGACGCUGUGCGGCCUUUCGUGGAGGAAGACUUUCUCUACAAGAUAGCCAUGGCUGCUAAAGAACAAGGGGCAGCGGGAGCGAUCCGCCCUCUGGUGUCCACAGUGAUAGCCACCACGUCAGAAGGUUACCUGGACCAUUCUCUGGAGCGAACCAAGUACAGAGCCAGCGAGAUGCCUCAGGGAUUCACGUACGAUGUCAUCUCUCAGGCGUACCACAGGUGCACCGAGUCAGAGUUGGAGUUUGGCACAGAGUGUCUUCAUCUGGCUCUGCAGUUCUGUGGCACCAACGCCAAGCUCAUCGAGGGUCCGCCAACACUGUGGAAGGUGACCCACAAACGCGAUCUGGCUGCUGCAGAAUCCAUCGUCAAAGAGACUCUGUCACGGUCGGCCUGUGUUAUCACCGGUGGAUCAUCGUGCGCUGAGACGCUGGCCAAUGCCCUGCAGAAGGCGGCGGGAGCUGUGGACAUGACUCUGGACAUCGUCCCAGAUCUGACGGGAGACUGCGUCACGUAUCUGUUAACGGAAUGCAACUUCAUCCAGGUUUCUGUGAAUCGCUGUUGUCUGACUGAACUGAAGACCUUACUGACGGAUUUGGAGGAAGAGAAUCGAGCUGUUCUUCAGCCACCAGUCGUUAUUUGGAUUCAUCUGAGCAGUUUGGAGGAGCUGUCUGUCAACGGGACAACGCCAGGACCGGCGGCAAUCAUGGACGUGGCCUCGGCAGCCAAGCUGAGAAACAUUCUGCUCUAUGGCGUGUGGCUCCAUCAGUCAGAGGUGAGUGAGAGUGCAGAACCUUUAAAGCGAGCACCGCGCAGCUCGACCAGCACAUGUCGGCUGCAGACCUCCGUGGUUAUGCUGGAUGUCACGGGAAUCCUCGACGCCGCCAGCCAAGUGCUCGCUGGAGUCUUCAGGGUGGAUGCGGUUUCCCCUGAAAUCCAUAACUGA